AUGAACUGGCAAUAUAAACAUGAACAUACUCUUGAACAACGUCGAUUCGAAUCUGAACGAAUUCGAAGACGUUAUCCUGAUCGUAUUCCUGUUAUUGUUCAACCAUUAAUAUCAUCGUCAUCGUCAACAUCAACAUCCUCAUCAAUUUUAUCAACAUCACUAUUUCGUUCAUUUUCAUCAUCAGCAUCUUCAUCAUCAUGCAAUGAACUAGUAUUAGCACGUCUUGAAAAUGAAAAAUUUCUUGUUCCAUCAGAAUUAUCAUUUGGUCAAUUUGCUUAUAAUAUUCGACGACGUUUACGUUUACGAGCUGAACAUGCAUUAUUUUUUUAUAUUGGUGUCUAUGGUAAACAACCAAUAUUGAGCUCAACUAUGGAAGUAUUAUAUAAUGACAAUAAAGAUACAGAUGGUUUUUUAUAUGUAUGUUACGCAGAUGAAAAAGUUUUUGGAUAA